CACGGUGCUGGAAACGGUCCCUGAACUGCUCACUGACACAGAGAAAGGCCAGCUAGUUAUGGGUCUACGUGCCAAGGUGGUGCUAGAGUUGUGCCGUAAUGAUGGUUUUGCCAGCCCACAGGCCAUGCAGCCUCAUCUGAGCAGAAUAAACACCUACAUUACAAACCAGGAUAAAGAGACUUCUGGUUCUGAGGUAAAAGCAUCAGUGACAAACUUCAUGGAGCUUGUUCACACUCUAGUAGAUGAUCAAUGCCAGAGGGAUAUCUUUUAUCAGAAAAUCUUCCCAACAGUGUUCGGUCCUAAAUAUGACUCAGCCCUACAGGCUCUAAUGAGAAAGUUCCUCUUCAAUCUGCAGAUGCUGCUGCCCGUUCCGAACCUUGAGCAAACUUCCCUUUGGCUCAGUCUCUCCCCUUCUAUCUUGAAAGAGUGUGUAGACUUCAUGAAUCGACCUGAGCCCCUGCAUACACUCAUUAGGCAUCACAGACAUCAUGGGCACAAAGUUCCACAAGAUUUGUCUUCCACUGCUGGUGACUGCAUCCUUUCCAGCCUGUCCUAUCACCUACCAAAUGUGGACAAUGAAGAAGGAGACGUGCUUAUCAAACCUUUAUCCCUGUGUGUCUCAGAAGAUUGGCAGAGAGAUAGCUUACUUGGCAGUGAGUCAAAAAAGGAUGAAGAGGAAAACUUUCAGGAGACAAAUUCAGAAUGCUUGAGGGAUGCAGAAAGAAACGGACAGCAGCAUGAUGAUGAUCUGACUGACGACCAGGGAGCCUCUGUUGAAGUGAUACUUCAACCUUUUGAUGAAGGUGAGUCUACUGAUGACGAUUGCAUGGACAACAAAUGGUUUCGCCAUUUGAAAACCGACAGUCGGACAUCCUCAAAAACCUUCAAGUGUCUUGUUUGUGGCCAACAUUUUGGUUCCCUGAACAAACUAAAGAAGCACAAGACUUCCCACAGUGGCUGCUUUACAGACAGAACGAGUCAGUCAAACUCUGCCAGCCGAAGUAGCUUUUUUAAGAAGAUAAAUUUACAUCCUAAACCAAAGACUUCCGUUGAGAAUAAUGCUGCUAGACGUGUGGCUGAGCUUUCGCCAUCACCAGGUGCCACAACGCAUAACCCAUCAAAUUUAAGCAGUCUUCCGAACUUCGAUCGGUCUAAUGAUGACUGUAACCUUGUUUGUCAUGUUUGCAGCAGGGUUUUCACUUACCAAAAGAACUUUGACAAACACCAGAGGAUUUGCAUGGUCGGAAGUAAACGACAAGCAGAGGCGGACCCACAGUGUUCCACAAGCUUAGCUUGUCACGGCGAUAAGCCCAAAGAGUCUCCUCCCAGUGACACAGAAACUGGGCCUUCACAUGUGUCUGUAACAGUGGAGUCAGUGUCUUUGCACUCACCUCAAGAGCGAUCGUGUAAAAGAAGCCGUCGUGCCAAACAAUGCUCCGUAUGUCGGAAAAUAUUUACCUGUUCUCCUGACUUGAUGAGGCACAUGAGAUGCCACACUGAACAGAGUCCUUACCUUUGUUCUUAUUGUGGGAAAGACUUUGACAACUGGGAAGACUGCAACACACACCAGGAAGGUAAAUGUGGAGUUUCAAACAAGCAUUCACAGGACAAUUCCUCGAGCAGCACAAAGGAAAGGAAUCAGGAGAAUGCAGUUGUUUCAGGUGAUACAGAUCAGGUCCCAGCAAUCACAGAUGCACCUGCCAACUCGCAGGCUCUGCAGCCAUGUAAGUCAAAUCUGAUGUGUCAGGAAUGUGGCCAGAGUUUUACUUACUACAAGAGCUUUGAGAAGCACCAGAACAAAUGUCCCAAAGGAGCUCCUCGAAGGAAAAAGCGAGCAAACAUGAACCAUUUCGUUAUCAGUGGGUGUAAUUUCCGAUCAGCCGACAAUACGAGCGGGAGCCGUGCUGAGGCAAGUACUGAAACAGCAAAAACUCCAUCCUCUGCAAACCACGCAGGCGGCACCCGGGCUAAACCUCGCACCAUCAAGUGCAGCAUGUGUGAGAAGAACUUUUCCAAGAUCGUCCUCAUGAAAAGACAUUAUUCAAAGUCACAUAAAGUUCGAGGCUCAUACCCCUGUCCUUUGUGCAAGACAACGUUUGUGAGGUUGUGCGAAUUGGUUCGACAUCAGCAAAACAAAAAAUUAUACCAGUGCGCUACCUGCAAGAAAUGCUACACAAAGCCAGGACUGGAUUAUCAUGAAAAAGUGCAUACUGCGAGCGUAACGCCACGCAUUUGUGAAACGUGUGGGAAAAGCUUCAAAUGUCUCGCUCAUCUGAUUAUGCACCAGAGCAAGCACAAAGAGCGUCAGCCUAGCAUUUGCCCCUGCUGCGGGAAACAGUUCAGUACAAGAGACUGCCUGAGAGCACAUAUGGUGAGGCACACCGGUGGUUACCCGUGCCCAGUGUGUGGGAAGAAAUUCUAUCAAAAAACCUACCUUAAGUGGCACCUGUACAAGCACUCGGGGCAAGAGCCGUACCUCUGCGACACCUGCGGGAAAGGCUGGCCGAGUGCAGCUCAGCUCAAGCUUCACAUGAUUCAACACACAGAGGAAAGGCCGUUCAAGUGCGAAGACUGCGGCGCGUGUUACAAGAGGAGGUCCCAUUUGAUGGCCCACCGCAGAGCCAAGCACAUCCAGCUGCGGCCGUUCGCCUGCGAGGUGUGCGGCAAAGCCUUUAGAUUAAACAAUGAGCUGAGGAAGCACACGAUGGUUCACACGGGGGAGCGGCCGUUCACGUGUCCGAGGUGUGGCAAGACGUUCACGAGAAAAACCCGCCUUAGAGAACACGGAGAAAAGGCUUGUGUGUGACUCAUUCUGCCACCACAUACAGCACAUACGAUAAGUUCUGUCAUCACCUUUGUCUCAAUGCUGCAUCUGUAUGACGGCUUUUAUAAUUAAGCGACGGAUGUGUAAAUGACCUACAACAUUUUGUCUGACACUGCGAAUGAUUUUCAUUCGCUGAGAUGAAAAGCAGCCUCGGUCCUCACAGAGUGUGUCAAAUCAAAGUCUUUUCCAAAACGUGCUCAUGUCUACAAGGUUUCCCUGAAGGCUACAUGAAGCUCGAGGCUGUCUGAUAGAAGUAAGAGGAGCAGACGGCACA